AACAGUCCGUAACCGUUGAUGCAAACGCGCCCGUCGCGGAUCGAAAAAAACCCCACGCGCACCCUGGAUAUCGCACACAAAAACACAUUCCCUGCUUCUGCUCUACCUGCUGCUGCUCUUGUCCUGAGUCCUGACUCAGGCCACUCUCCAUCUCUCCCCGAAGCAAGAACAAACACAAGGGAUCUCUAGCUACUUCCUUCUUCUAUCACAGCUCUCCGUGAACGGAUUUGGUCUUCUUCUAGCGCAGCAGCUAGCUCACCAUGGAGGCGCCGUUGCUGGUGGCUGCGCUUGUGCUCCUGUCCUCCACUCUCGCCGCCUCUGAUUUCUGCGUGUGCAGGUCAGAUCAGCCCCAGGCGGCGCUGCAGAAGACCAUCGAUUACGCGUGCGGGGCAGGGGCCGACUGCAACUUCAUCCACGAGCAGGGGCCGUGCUACAACCCCAACACCGUCGUCGCGCACUGCUCCUGGGCGGCCAACAGUUACUUCCAGAGGAAAAGGGGAACCGGAGCCACCUGCGACUUCACCGGCACCGCCACCCUCACCACCACCGACCCAAGUUCUUCGGGCUGCCCCUACCCCUCAAGUGCAAGCGGAGCUGGAACAUCAACGACUGGGGCUGGGAUUGGGACCGGAGGAGCAACCGGGGGAACCCCAGGCACAGGCACAGGCACGUUCACGCCCGGCGCCGGUACCGGCACUGGCAUGGGUACCACUGGGACUACAGGCACCGCCGGGUUCGGCGGCCUAGGUCCGACAGGCACGAGCAACAUGGACACCGCAGCGGCGGCCUCGCACCAUCCAAUGGCUGGACCGGUUGCCUUCCUCGCAGCUCUUCUCUCCCUCCUGGCACUCGCGUGAAGUUCGAUCACUCGAAUUGGCUGGAAGUAAGAGAUGUCUUGCCGUUCUGGUAAGCUUGUUACUGUCAUAGUGUGAGGACAAUGGAAGAAAAACCUGAUCCUUCUGAAGGUGUCGUUCUGUCCAAAACCCCACUAGUUCAUGGUCCUGUUUGGUUUCAGUGGCAUGCAUGGUGUAAUUUGGUAGGAUGGUUGUCACUUUCUUGCAAGGACGCUCUUUUCUCUCUCUCUCUCUCUCUCUCUCUCUCUCUCUCCUCUUGUAAAUCUAGGGGAACAAUUAGCAGGUUAGUAGAUCAAGGUUGGUCGGUGCGGGAGUGUUGUUGGGACAAUGGCAUUAUGGCGAUACUGAUAUUACCAGCUUGGCAGCUUAUGAUC